UUGUUUUUCCUUCUCUUCCUGAUUCUCAGGGUUAAGAUAGUAACAUUGUUUUAGGUUUGUAAGUGUCUUCAUCAUACUCUUCUUUUUCCUUGUUUAUUGUUACUGGAUGAAUAAACAGCUCUUAUUGUUAGCAGGCAAUUCUAGAUGGAUGAACCUGAUCCAUUGGAGCUACUGAAUCAAUUUGAGGACAUAUUGGAAUCCGAUCCUCUCAUUGAUGAAAUAGGGUUCAUUCACCCAGCCCAGUUUGCUGCAUUGAAUGAAGAUAUUGGCACUCCUUCAACAUCUGUUGGUUCUGUGCAAAAAUCAACUUUUGGGACACUUUUCUGGGGUAAGGAUCAUAAGCUGGGCAUCUCAACCAAGGUUCUUUUUCCACUUUAUGUUGCAGCUAAAAAUGCAUUUGUGGAAGCUUAUAAAAAUUAUAAAGUGCACCAUAGAGAUGAUAAAAAUGCUUCAACCUGUUCCUCGUCUUCUCCACUCAGUCUUGAUAGUGAAUUGAUGAAGCACAGCAGGGCACUAUUGCUUCUCAGUUCUGAUUUUGGAACAGUGUGGAAUUCCAGGAAGCUAGUUCUGUCAAAGAAGCAAUCUUUUUCCAUGUUCAUGAAUGAGCUUAUUUUUUCAUCUCUGAUUCUCUCGCAUUCGCCUAAAAGUGAACAAACAUGGAGCCAAAGGAGGUGGGUGAUCAAGAUGAUUGCUGGAAAUUGUUCAAAUCUGCAAGAGAUUAUGGAAAGAGAAUCUGAGUUAGUGAAAAAACUGGCUGAGAGAUCAAAAAUGAACUAUCGUGCAUGGAAUCACCGUUGCUGGUUAGUUUCCUACAUGUCAGCAGAACAGGUGCUGCAGGAAUUUAACAAGUCACGGGAAUGGGCUGGCCUCCAUGUUGCUGAUAACUCUUGCUUUCAUUACCGUGCGCGUUUGAUACUUCGUCUGUUUGAAGAAUCACAGCAUAGCAAGGAUCAAGAAGCUAGCUUUAAUCCAGAACUUCAUGAAUUAUUGAAGGAUGAAUUCAACUGGGCGGAGCAGUUGAUAAAACGUUAUGUGGGGAGAGAGGCAUUGUGGCUUCAUCGCCGCUUCCUCUUGACUUGUUGGAUAAGAUAUUUUGCACGUGGUGAUCAUGAUAGAUCCUUGCGGUCCAACCAGAGAAACAUUAGGACAGUUGACAUUGACAUGCUCAUAGAUAAUGAAUUAGAACUAUUUCAUUCUUGCUCAAUUGUACCUGACAGUGACUUUGAGGACUAUCAAGCUCAAGCAACUUUUGCUGCUACUUAUAUGGUGUGGCUCAAAAAGCAAUUAUCGGGGGCUCUGGCGAUUGAUAUUCACCAGGUGGAAACGAGCAGACUGAAGUCACUCCUAACUAAUGUAUGCCCAGAAAAGAUCUUACUUUGGAAUUCUCUGCCUGAGCUAUGUGAAAAUACAUAGCCCUUCUAUAAUAAGAGAAGAUGAGGAAAUUGUAGCAUUGUUAUCGUCUCAACUUCAUUAAUUUAAAAUUGUGCUAUUGCUUCAUAUGAGGUUCAACUUGAUGUUAUUGUACUUGUCUUCUCCAAAACACACUGUUCUCCAGCGAGAAGCAAAAUACUUCUGAAAAGAAGAACCAGAAUGAAGAAUUCAUUGUGCUCAACUUUACCUUAAUAAACAGUUACUUUUUCUCAA